AUGGGUGUGAGUGGUCAAAUGUCGCCGUAUGCUCCGGUAUUUCAUCCCAUGGGAUCCUAUGCAUCCCAUUUAUUAGCUCUAGAGCAAGCGGCUCAGAUAAACAUGCAAUCACCACGUCCCAUUCAUUCGACUCCUGAGGACCUCUACGAUCGACCGGAGAUCUUUAACUACAAGGGCUCGAAGCCGAUGCAACCCCACAUUUACCAUUGCCCAUCGGACAACUGGCAGCGGAACUUACCAUCCCGGGAUUUUUUGACAGAUGCUGUGCAACAGGUAAAAGAUACAGCAGCACCGCAACAACAGAAUGUGCCAUCCCAAGAAUAUAUGGAAAAACAUACAGCCGCGAUAUCCCAAGAAUAUUUGGAGCAACAGGUCCUGGCUGAGGCACCAAUGAGCGGUGAAUAUUGGCGGGACUUUGAACAACCGAUCACUGCUCAAGCUCAACCACAGCUGGUACCGCUGUCCCAUGAGUAUUGGCAUAGUACGGAGCUGCAGGGUGCUGGAUUGCCUGUAACACCCUCACUACCACCAAGCUCUGGAUGUUUUCGAGACCUUGAAAAGCUAAUCGCUACAUUGGCACCACAAAGCCGAGGGCAACCGUUUUCACUACCCCGAGAGUGUUGGCGAGAAGUUGAAUCGAAUGUUAACGGUUUUGCACCAUCACAGCCGCAAUCAGCACCACCGUCACUAGUGCUACCACCGUCAGGACUAGCGAUACCAGCGCCUACCCAUAAUAGCUGGCAGGAUAUGGAUUCGCAGUUGACGAUUGGGACACCACAGCACCUAGAGUAUUGGGCAAAUGUGAAACAACAGCCCGGUACGGCUAUAGGAUCAACCCUGUUACCACACGAUCAUGAUCAAUCCGUACCUCUGGCCCGUGAGUGGCGGUCAAGUGAUUGGUGGUCAGAUAUCGAUCAGAAAUCGGUCACAGGUCAUCCAUCGCUGUGGACGGAAUCGAAGCAAUUGCCAGCACAACAAUCGGCGCUACCGCCAAGCGAUUGGUGGCCAGAGAUUGAGCAGAAGACCGUUACGUUAGCCCCGCAUGUACAGGUACCACUGUACCCUCAAAAUUGCCAUGCCGAAGCGGAGCUGCAACAGUCGCCGUCAGCAUCAACAUCCCGCGAGUGGUGGCAAGCCGCUGCCUUCACACCACAGCAGGAACAGCAUUCGGUACAGCCGGUCCAGCUGGUACAGAGCUGCGAGUGGAAGCCCUAUUCCUAUGCCUCACUCUCCCCAAUGCAUUCUGUGGGAGAAACAAAGGAAGUUUCCGCUUCAGUUGAAAAGAGUAAGCAUGUAGAUACCGCUGGCUCAGCUGAGACCACAGCAUUUCCGAGACCAAGCAGAAGUAGUUCGCCAUCGACGGACUUUCCGUCAUUCGAAGACUUUGCCAGACAGGUGAGUGAUUGCAGCUUGUCCAGCUCGGAGUAUAUCGCGACCCUAAGAAACCUUAUGAUACGUGCUCACAACUUAAUGUUGCCCCUGCUACGAGGUCGUUUCGCCAACAUGACCCAAGUGCAGAUGGCUGCCUACACCACAGCAAUUCUGGAAGUAACGCCAUUGCAUCCGAGUCUCUUUCUGCCGUCAAAUGUGCCACGUCCUUGGAUGAGCAGUGGUGGACGGUACCCGGCGUGUCAUCCGCACAGCUUGACACCGCAGGAUCUGUCGCACACUAAUCCUCGUCCGAUGCUCGUCAAUGCGAGCACCCAGACGGAAUACCACUGUUGGUGCAUGCACAUGAGCAUGUACCCACCGCCACCACUGCAUAUACAGCCUCCACCGCCGCCACCACCACCACCACCACCACCUCCGCCGCCCCGGACUCAGGGUAAUGCGACAGCACACUUUGCCGCACCGAAUGGACCCCGCAUGAUGGCCCCAUGCGGUACUGCACCACUGAGUUUCUGGGGCCGGCCCAUAAUGCCGGUGCAUGCGUAUCCACAUGCCCACCAGAUACCACGGCCACAUGGAUCUCGGUACGGCUUUCGCAUCAAUACGUAUAGUCUGCCGUAUCGGUUUGGACCCGUCGGUAGCAGUCGAUCCCGCCAUAUGGGCAACAUGCCACAAGGCACUGCGAUGCAUCAAGCGGAGCACCAGAGCGAGGACAAUGCCAGCUGGGAGAGGAACUCCAAUAACUCGACAGAGCAAGCGAGGCAACAGAAGGAACAGUCACCGCAGUGUAGCUCCCCAAAUGAAUCCACUGUCCCUCCGUCGAGUAACAAUCCCGAGAUGGAAAACCAUAGACAUCUGGGCAACUCCUCCUCUGUUAGCCAAUGUGGUAGUGGUAGCGGUACCGGUACCGGUACCUCCAGCGAUAGCUCCUCCUCUGUCGAUAUCAAGGUUGAGGACCUUAAAUAUAAAGAGACUGACCAUAAAGAUCAUCAUCAUUAUCAUCUGUCUGUCGAACCAUCUGCAGCCAUCGAGGACAAAGGCCGAAAUGAAUCGACCUCACCGAAUCGAGUGAUUGUGAAGCAGGUGAAUAACAUUUUCCUGCAACCGACGGGACCCGUGAUGCCCACAAUGCCAUUGAUGCCAAUGAUGCACUUCGUGGUGUCGCCGGGCGGCGGUCAUUCAGUGGAUGCACCGUACAUAGUCUAUGAUAUGAAUGAUAAUUACACAGGGACUACAAACUAUGCUCAGCUAAUGCCGAAUAUAAAUAUGAACAUGAAUAUGAAUAUGAACAUUAAUAUGCUGCCCAAUGCAAUGCACCAAGUGCAUGUUAUGUCCCCGGACGUGUCGGGCAUGCCAGACUUAAACAUUUUAAAUCCCCCGAUCAUGGUGCCCCUAUCCUCGAACAUGACGAACUUUAAGCCUCCCAGCGUGACUUUUGCAAGCUUCGACUUGCAUGAGAGCGUCUUAAACGAGGGCUUGCAAACUACAGAGCUCCCCGAUGCACCCCUGAUACAGACGCCAAUCACUGAACCUACAGAUGAGAAGUUAAUCAGCAAUGAGAGCCAUACCAAUGGAGAUACUUUUAAAGAGAGUAUCAUUAAUCCUGAUCAUACUGCAGGUGAUAAUUGUGAUCAAUCAAUCGGCAAGCUCUCAACACAACCAGAAACAAAUUGAUAAGACAUUGAGAGAUACAUUAGACACUAUGUACUGUACUGAAAGCAGGAUUGUUGGCAACUCCUUCAGGUCAACCGCAGGUCAAUCACAAGAACAACACCGUUUCAAUCAAUCGCUGUCAAUCGGUUUGGUUGAGCGAUUCGACGGCGACCUCGCGAAUCGAUUGAUGUGAAUGCUCAAUAGCCUGGUAAUGGAGAAAGGAUCACAAAAGUGAUUGAUAUGGUUACACUUUUUACUGCAUAUCGUAAUUUAAUAAAUAUCCAUUCAUUUAAAUUUCUAAACAUUUGCUAAACUUUUAAAUUUACUCUCUUUGGCCUUUGGAUAUUACAUCAACACACUUAACAUACGAUUGUGACAAACGAUUGAACAUUCAUCAGUAAUUCCAUAUUGUAAAUGAAAUUAUAUUAAUUCAUCAGCAUCAAUCAAUAUAAUAAACUUAAACAAAUAUAAA